AUGGACAUGGAUGGUCCUGAAUCGGCAAUUGAACCAGCACCCUCACACCCAGAGUUGCAGCCGAAUGAUCUGCAGGAUCAGGACAGGGACUGUGAUCAGCAGCAGAAAGCACCAUCAUUAAACCUCAUCGCUGAAAAUCAAAUCAUUCAGCCUGAUAAUGACAUAAACAACCAAAAUUACUAUACAUCUGCACAAUGGACUGCCGAUGGAACAUCACUCAUCGUAUCAUCUGCCAUCAACUCCAUAUCCACCUUUGUCCUCCCUGAAGAUCUUCUCGACCCAUCAGCUUCACGCCCGCGACAGCUCGAGUCUCAAUCCUCAAUAUCACUCCCUGAGCCCUCUCAAACGAUCAUCCCGGCGCCCUUCUACUCUCUAGCUGAGCCAACCUCGCAAACAGUCCUCGUAGGAUGUCGUGAUCAUCCUAUUCAGCUCUACCAUCUCUUCCCUCCAGAUGAUGAUGGCCUCGCGUCGCGUUCUGCCCCACUUGCUUCGUAUAAAUUAAUACGUUUUGAAACAGAAGAGUAUAUCACGCCCUCAUCUAUCCUCUGGGAUUCACCCGGGACGCAUUUCCUCGUCGGCUCAACGAACCGGCUUGAUUACUUUGACAUGACUCGACCAGGAUCAGAUGGUCCGAUACUUACUAUACCCACCAUCCCUUCUAGACGUCAUAUACGGAAGGGAAAUGGAGUUGGUAUGAAGGGCACUGUCGCUGCUCUCGCUUCCUCGCCUGUGGAUGGUAAUGGGAGCUCUAUUAUUGCUGCAGGGACAUGGACACGGUGGAUGGGAUUGUAUGAUACGCACCGCUCAGACAAGGUUAUUGCAAAUUGGUCUCUCCCUCGCUCUGAGGACAUGCCAGGUGGAAUAGGAGGUCAGGGAAUUGUUCAGGUCCGCUGGAGUCCAUGCGGCCGAUAUAUGAUCCUCAACGAGCGCCAUGCCUCUGGUCUGAUUGUGUAUGACGUUCGCGGAACGGGUGAACUCCUCUGCACACUUCGAGGUCGGAGUGCACCUACACAGCAGAAGAUGAUGGUGGAUGUCUUUGCCGGCGAUCCCUAUGCUGAGUUCCCAUCUUUCGAGGUCUGGGCAGGCACACAAGAUGGUGGUGUUGCAGUGUGGGAAGGCGUUGGCUCUCAAACUGGUGUUGUCGAUCCAUCAUGGACAUGGAAGCCCCAUGGUGCGCCGGUAGGAAGCACUGCUUUGCAUUCGAGCGGUUCUGUAGUCGCAACGUGCUCAGGAGGAUGGGGUUUUAGAGACGCGUCAGAGACGAAGACAGUGUUCGACGAGUCUAGUAUCAAGAUCUGGACUAUAGGAGGCUGA